GUUAAUUCUUUUCAACUAACUCAAGGCAAAUGGCAAAUCCUUCAUCUUUUGUUCCUUUGAUGAUAUCUUUUGGUAUAUUCUUAGUAAUUGGGGUCAUUGUCCCAGCUGAUGCUGAUUCCAAGCAAAGGGCUUUCUUUGUAUUUGGUGAUUCACUUGUUGACAGUGGCAACAACAAUUAUUUGGUAACUACUGCUAGGGCUGAUUCUCCUCCUUAUGGAAUUGAUUAUCCGACCGGUAGGCCAACCGGUCGAUUCUCCAAUGGUCUCAAUAUUCCUGAUCUUAUCAGCCAAAAACUUGGUAUUGAGUCGGUAUUGCCAUACUUGAGUCCACGACUAAGAGGUGAAAAGCUUUUAGCUGGAGCCAAUUUUGCUUCAGCUGGAAUUGGCAUUCUCAACGAUACUGGAGUUCAAUUUCUUAAUAUAAUCAGAAUGUAUAGACAAUUAGAUUACUUCGAAGAGUACCAACAUCGAGUGGCCUCUAUGAUCGGCGCAGCCCGAGCUGAGAAGUUGGUCAAUAAAGCAUUAGUCCUCAUCACCGUUGGUGGUAACGAUUUUGUAAACAAUUACUACUUGGUGCCUUAUUCCGCAAGGUCUCGCGAAUAUUCGCUACAAGAUUAUGUCAAAUUUCUCAUCAUAGAGUAUCGCAAACUCUUAGAGAGACUAUAUGAUAUAGGAGCUCGUAGAGUUCUUGUGACAGGCACCGGACCAUUGGGGUGUGUUCCAGCAGAAAUGGCGAUGCGCGGAACAGAUGGAGGGUGUUCUGCUGAACUUCAAAGAGCUGCAACAUUGUACAAUCCUCAACUACAACACAUGGUACAAGGACUCAACAAGAAAAUUGGCAAAGACGUUUUUAUUGCUACAAAUACAGCAUUAAUACAUAGUGAUUUCGUUACUAACCCCAAAGCAUAUGGAUUUAUUACAUCAAGAAUUGCUUGUUGUGGACAAGGAGCCUACAACGGGAUUGGUUUGUGCACACCACUCUCUAAUUUAUGCCCAGAUAGAGACUUGUAUGCAUUUUGGGAUGCAUUCCAUCCAUCUGAAAAGGCAAACAAAAUUAUUGUGGAGCGAAUUUUGUCAGGUUCUAAAAGAUACAUGAAUCCAAUGAACCUUAGCACCAUCUUAGCAUUGGAUGAUACCACAUAACAACUCUCACAUUUCUUCUUGUAAUUGGAAUUGGAAUUUGGUUUUAAUUUGUACCAAGUGUGUGACUACCGCAUUCUCUAUAAAAUUGUGUCCUUCUAAA